AUGGAAGAACUAUUAAUUGACCUUCUUGAAGGAGAAGUUACCAAAUCAAUAUUCUGAAAAGUCGGGUCCAAGAAGCCUGUUACACUUACUUCAGGUCUCAAAAAAAUUUUACAUAAAAUUUCCAAAGUAUUUAAAGGUGACAUAGAGCAGCUAGAGGAGUUUUUUUCAAUCCCUUUAAAUCCACUAGAUCCAACUGACACUAUAAACCCAGAGUAAUUUUUAUAUAUAGAAAUAUCUUAUCUUAUCUUAUAGAAUUUAUAACGCUUAACGUCCACUACGGGGUGACAACCCCAGGUACUGUCACUCGCCUUGCGUCGCAUCGGGCCCACAGGUCGCUGGGGAUGGCCUGCUUCGAUCACCAGGGUGCUUCUCGGGAAAGUGUUCCCGCUUCGACGGCUCAUGGAUGAGCUACUUGCUUGAUACAUGGGUUGCUUUUCCGAAAAACCCAAAAAAUGGAUUUUCUGGUCGGCUAUCGGUAAAAAGGAAAAACGCGUAGCCUGGGACGUAACGCCCAGUUUCACGCUAGGGAGUUGCCCGAUUGGUCCUAACGGACUCUAUGAGCUUCCCCUUUCCAACUCCGUGCCCUCCUUCCCCACGAGGAAAAAUCCACCCUUGAGAAUAGACUAGGACUAGGCUCUGAACACCACCAGAAUUGCUUACCUAGUAUUGCCAUCCAUCUCUAGAAUGGUAAAACCUUGCCGGAUAUAAUUAAAUAUGAAUCGAGGCUGUAUGGCCGGGAGGCCAUGCCCAGACGAAGACGCCAUAUUUAAUUAUUUAUAUAGAAAUAUCACUUGGGAGUCUUUUAAAAAGAGACUAGAAACGCUGCUAACUAAAGCAAUGGGAGUUUCUUAUACCCAAGGCGACAUAACUUGAACUGAAGACGACUCAUCCAAGCAGGAAUUUUCAGAUUCCCCAGAACAAAGCAGUAUAAAUAUACUGAAAAGGCCACUUAUUAAUGCAGUUAUAGAAAGCAGUGAUUAUAAGCAGAUAAAAUCAUUAGUCACUACUCCUAAAGUGUUGACAAAAUCAAGCACAAUGAAUGAGAAAUAUGAAAAAAAUGUAAAUACUUCGCUUAUUAGCGAUAGCCGCAGAUAUCAUAAAGGGAACUGGAUAGAGCCUUAUUUAAAUAUAUAUGCAAGUGAUAUUGAAUUAAUUUUUCAAUCAAAAGUGUCGAAUCAGUCCAAUAUGAUUGAAGCACAUGAACUUAAAGGCAUGCUAAGAGAUAUGUUAUGACUUAUGAAACUGCCUCAAGAUAAAGACUUAUUCCUAUUUGAUAGGAUGAUUGAAAACAGGUUUAAGCACACACAAAACAAAUCACAAACAAAAUAUCUUAAGCUUACUUAUAGUCAAUGCAUAGACUUAAUAGAAGAAUGAGCAAGUAAAGAAAGCCUUAAUAGGCUGUCAUAUGAAUCUCAGAUGCUAAACACAAUUGAGGAAUAUACUGAUUUGAUCCCAAAUAUGAAGUCUGAUAGCGAUUUGUCAAGCCAUCUUUAUGAUCUAAUAGAAAACCUAAAGCUUAUCAAUACAAGUUUUUCCUCAAAAUCUUAUUAUAAAUCUGCUCCUGAAACUUUAAUAGAAAAACAAGUCAAAGGACUUAAAGAAAUUUUCAGCUUUUAUGCCAGCCAAUACAAAGGAAUAGGGAAAUCUCCCACUUUUGACCAAAUUACUACACAUAAGCAAGUUUUAAAUGUCAGCAAAUUUAUUAAAUUUUGCAAUGAUUUUGGCAUCAUAGGUAAAAAAGGCUCCCAAAGAUUGACGAUCCCUCAAGUUUCUCAAAUUUUUGUAAAUAACCAGAAUUGCACAAGGACAAUGGACUUAACACAAUUCCUAUCAGCAGUUGAAAAUAUAGCAGAACAGUUCUGGGCAGCCCAGAUGAGUGGGAUUUCAGAAAACGAAAUAAAAGAUAUAGGAUUGACCAAAAAAAGACAGCUACUUUAUCAGUAUUUGCAAUGUGAUGACCCUAAUACAUAUAGAGGUUUCCUCUAUAUAGCGCUAAAAGCGCAGACAUUUUCCCAGGAGCUUUCCAAGUUCGUCGGACCAAAUCGCUUUUUGGUCCGACCAAGGCAUUGAUUUGGUGCAACCUACCGAUAAAUUCCGAUCAGAAUUUAUCGGCCUUACAGCGCCAAACAUAGGAAACUUCUAUAUAACCAAAAAUUGAAAGGUUUUGGUUUGCCUUUUAGCAUGGAACAGGCCGGAUAUAGAAUUCCUGAGUAUGAUUUAAGCAAAAAAUACAAGUUUAAAGAUCAAUCUAUCGUAAAACAAAGGAUAAAUGAAUGAAAGCAGCAAAAAGAAGACGAAAAGCCAAAAAGGUCAAGCUCUGUGCCUAUUGGAGUCAGAAUUAAUGCAAUAAGAAUGAGAUUAAUGCAGCGAAAAGAUAAAAUCACAUGAAACGAGCUGAGAAAUAUGGAGCAUGAGUCCUUUAUUAAUGCUGACGAGCUUAAAGGAAUUUUAACCGAAGAUGAUAUUAAAUCUGCUAUGUAA